AUAUACGGUUCAUUUCUUUGUCGGUUUGCUAAAGAAUAUCCCUGGAACUUUUCAAUAAACUAUGUGGAGAGGGCACGUGCGCAGAACAUGUAUAGCAACUACAUCACUGAUGUCUGGGUGAAACCAAAAGCAUUGGCACGCUCGGCAAGCUUCACUAAUCUCACCUACGUUAAGGAGGCUGUACACGACUAUCCAAUUCGUCGCUCAGAUUCUGUAUCGUCUCUCGCACCGUCACUAGCUCUUCCACAGUACUGCAGAGAAGCUCAACGUAUUGUGCACACCGUUCCCGUUUACAAACCUCACGUUCAUAAUUGGUAUAAUAGCAGCUAUUCACCAGCGCGAUUUAAGGACACCCACGACAUUGUGAAUCGUCCGUAUCGUCCUGCGAUACCUUACGUGAAUCCGAUAUCGUCCCAUGUUCCAUACUACACAUUUCAAACACGUCGAAUCUUUUUCGACGAGAGAUUGAGAAAUAGUCAACCGUAUUUGCAAGAAUCACAACGAUAUCUGGAUCGUUACGUUGGAGCACGACUUAAGGCAGAUGACUUUGCGAAUCGUUUCGCUUAUUCGGCUUAUGAAUGGCGUAAGCCGCAAGAUCAUUCAUUCAACAGACACUUCAUGUACGAUCAAGGAGUGAUUUGGAAUACAGUCUGCCGAAUAGUUGAAAAAAAAUUCAAACUGCCCAAUGUGUGA